CUCCUAACAAGUCAACACGAUCUUCGAAUAUGCAGAAUAACUUUGGAUUGCUAGAUGAAGAAAGAGGAUUUAGUUUCAGAAAUUGCAAACGGAAUGAGUCUCUCAUUUCAAGUGGCUAUAAACAACCAAAUAUUACAAAAACGGGAACUACAAUUUGUGGAGUUAUUUAUAAAGAUGGUGUUGUAUUAGGAUGUGACACAAGAACAACAAGAGGGCGCAUCGUUUGGGAAAAAUGUUGUGAAAAAAUUUAUAAAAUUCAAGAACACAUUUACGUAGCAGGAGCGGGAACAGCUGCUGAUAUGGAUGCAAUGGUUAAAUUGAUGCGAGCAAAUUCAGAGUUUCAUCGAUUGAAUACAAAUAGACAAAUAAUUCCAGUUUCAUAUUUAAGGACCAUUACUAGUCGAAUGUUUUUUCAAUAUAGCGGAGCGAUAUCUUGCCACUUUAUUAUCGGAGGAUACGACAAUAAAGGUCCACAUAUAUUUAUAGUUCAUAAAGAAGGUUUCACAAUGAGUUUACCAUAUGCUACAAUGGGCUCUGGAGGCUAUAUUGCAAUGUCUAUAUUUGAAUCUAAAUGGAAGCCAGAUAUGGAAGAAAAUGAAGCAAAAGAGCUUGUAGCUGAUGCAAUUACUGGAGGAAUAAUGAAUGAUUUAGGAUCUGGAUCGAAUGUAGAUCUGUGCAUAAUUAAGAAGAAUUGCUCUGAGAAAAUUUAUGCUUAUAGAAAGGUUGGUAUUACUGGAGCUAGAAUCUUUGAUUAUAGUAUGAAGCAUGGAACUACUGCGGUUGAUUUAAAGGCAAUUAAAAAUAUAGAUGUGGAUAUAAUUGAAGAAAAAAUUGAGAAAAUGAAUAUCUAGUAUGGAAUGCGAGUUAAUACUUUUAUGCAUUCAACAUUGUCGAUUUUCUAAACAAAUAAAAUUGCGAAUUUCUCGAAAAU